CUAGAACUCGGGUUCGUUUGAAACACAGUACUAUACACACAUAUACACAUUAUAUUAUUAUAGAAAGUGUCUAUAUAUAAUGACCCAAGUUUAAUGUUUUUUCUCUAACCCUGUCUUCAAAGAAUUCAGAGGCUUUUUGCCUCUCCUGAGAUUGUGGUGCAAAUUCAAUCCAAUCAACUAAGUUGGAUUUUUUUCAAAGAAGAGGUCCCAAGGGUAGUAUCAGCUCUUGCUCAAAGAACUGAUACGUACUGAUAUGGCAUUAGCAAGGUUUGCAAGGACUGGCUUGAGGCGGUCUGGAGGUGCCAUUGGUAAUUACACAAACGAGAGAGAUAUCAUCUGUGAGAGUGUGUCGACAAGUAAGUGUUCCUUACGUUCUGUUGAAAAUGGCACAGCACAUGGCAAUCUGUCAUGCCUUUGGAGCAUCAAAAAGACCGAUCACAUGAAUUUCUGGAGCAGGGGCAUAAGGGUAACCCCACAAUAUCAGUUUCCUCAGGCACAGGAGGUUAUAGUGGAAUCUGAUUCAGAGUGUGAGACCCUGAAGUAUCCUACUUUGGCGGCUACAAGACCGGGUGAAAAGCCCAGGGUUGUCGUCCUAGGUACUGGAUGGGCAGCUUGUCGAUUCCUUAAAGGGCUUGACACCAAAUUAUAUGAUGUUGUUUGCAUAUCGCCAAGGAAUCAUAUGGUUUUCACUCCUUUGCUUGCUUCAACUUGUGUUGGAACUUUGGAGUUCCGGUCUGUAGCUGAGCCUGUUGGUCAUAUACAGCCCGCACUAGCAAAGGACCCGAAUUCCUACUUUUACUUGGCUUCUUGCAAUGGUAUUGACACAGACAAACAUGAAGUGUAUUGUGAGACGGUUGUGAAUGAUGGACUUCCUAAUGAACCUUACCGAUUCAAAGUAGCAUAUGACAAGCUUGUGAUUGCUGCUGGAGCCGAACCCUUGACCUUUGGUAUAAAGGGAGUGAAGGAACAUGCAUUUUUUCUGCGUGAAGUGAAUCACGCCCAAGAAAUUAGGAAGAAGCUUCUCUUAAACCUUAUGCUCUCUGAAAAUCCAGGCAUAUCAGAAGAAGAAAAGGAGUGCCUGUUACACUGUGUUGUUAUUGGAGGUGGCCCUACCGGGGUGGAGUUUAGUGGUGAAUUGAGCGAUUUUAUCACGAGAGAUGUCAGUGACCAGUAUGCUCAUGUGAAAAAUUACAUCCGUGUCACUCUCAUUGAGGCAAAUGAGAUUUUGUCAUCUUUUGAUGUUGGACUACGCCAGUAUGCCACAAAACACUUAACCAAGUAUGGUGUCCGACUUGUACGAGGUGUGGUAAAAGAGGUGCAUCCCAAAAAGCUUGUACUCAGUGAUGGGAGUGAUGUUCCUUAUGGUCUCCUGGUAUGGUCUACUGGGGUUGGUCCCUCUGAGUUUGUGAAGUCACUAAACCUCCCCAAGGCCCCGGGUGGAAGGAUUGGCAUUGAUGAAUGGCUACGUGUUCCUUCCAUUGAAGAUGUGUUUGCGAUUGGAGAUUGUGCUGGUUUUCUUGAACAAACAGGGAAGCAAGUGCUCCCAGCUCUAGCACAGGUUGCGGAGAGGGAAGGGAAAUAUCUUGUGGAGUUGUUUAACAAACUUGGGCAACAAAACGGCGGAAAAGCUUCGUGUGCAAAGGAUGUCGCUUUGGGAGAUCCUUUUGUGUACAAACAUCUCGGAAGCAUGGCAUCUGUAGGGCGCUACAAGGCGCUGGUUGACCUUCGCCAAACUAAGGAUGCAAAGGGAGUCUCCCAUGCUGGGUUUGUAAGCUGGCUGAUUUGGCGCUCUGCUUACCUGACUCGUGUCGUCAGCUGGAGGAAUAGGUUUUAUGUCGCGGUGAACUGGGCAACCACACUAGUAUUUGGCAGGGAUAACUCGAGGAUAGGAUGAUUGUUCAAUUAGUAUUUUUUUUCCUGGGUGUAAAGGAGUUAUCCGAUCACUAGGGUUCUUCAAGAAUUGAAGCUUUUUGUGUUGGACUAGUUUCCAGCUCUGCUUCAGCUUCAACAUAUAGUAAUAUUCAUGAAAUUAUUUUUCAAAGUGAUAAAAAUUGAUGGCUGAGUAAUUAUAGAAUUAAAGGAUGUAGGUAAUAUUCUAUAUUCAUACAAAUCAAAAGGUGAAGCAACACAUCUAAAGAAUUAAAAGAAUCAUUUCAUAUGUGAAACAUUUGUAGUAAAUGUCAUGAAGAUGAUGAUUGAUGUGUUGUUGAUUCAAGUUUUUUCAUUUAUACAUCUCUUAUUUUUGUCA